UGCCUCGGCUGUUGCUUCCACCACAAUGGAGGAUUUUCUCAUGCCCCCUUUCAACUGCAGAGGGUAUCCUGGCUAUUUCCCCUUUUAUCCCGGCAACGGGAAAUUUAAACACCAAAACUGGAACAAAAAGGGAAAUAAUUUGCAUGUUGAACCAAAUGCCCCCGAUUAUUUCGACGUUUAUAAGUGUGCGCAGUUAAAAGCCAUAUUAUCUCAGGUGAACCCGAACUUAACGCCCCGCCUGCGCAAGGCCAACACCAGAGAGUUCGGUGUGCAAGUGAACCCAAAGGUAGAUGCCACUGUACAAUGCUCACUCGGGCCCAAAACGCUUUUUUAUCGCGGUGAUAAAUGGGACUCUCCGAGGACGCCGUCCAUCAGCUCUCCGAGAGACACCCUGCCCAGCACACCCGUCAACUCCGUGCGCUUCUCCCGGCCCGUCGCCAUCUACUCUCCCGUCUUCGACCGCAGGAUCUUCUCCUUAUCCACGACUGUCGGCGAAAGUAAGGACGGUGGAGGGGAUGGGAGCAAAAGGACGGACAGCGAGACGGACGAUGACGAGAAUUGUACACCGGAUGAACUCACGCACAACGAAUCACUGCAGGAAAAGUCCGUGGUUCGGCGAAAUAAACGGUCUAACUUUCAGUUUUUGGAGCAGAAAUAUGGAUUUUAUCACUGCAGUAAGUGCAAUAUUCGAUGGGAAAGUGCAUUUGUGUGGUGCAUCUCUGGAACCUCGAAGGUGUACUUCAAGCAGCACUGCAGGAAGUGUCAGGCGGGGUUGAAUCCGUAUAGGGUGGAGUCCAUUCAGUGCCAGGUUUGCUGCAAGACUCGCUGCUGCUGUGAACUGAAGCAGAGGCACAUUGACACGUGUCGUCCUCACCGCCAGGAUCUGUGCGGCCGCUGCAAGGGCAAAGGCCUUUCCUGUGACACCAUCUACAGUUUCAAGUACAUAGUCUGAUUGUUCAGGUCCAUGUGUUUUAGAAUCUGCAUUGGUGGCUCAAGCGAUGUAUUCGGUGGGAUGUUUUUUUUUUUUUGUAUACUAAUGUAUAAAUUUAUAAAAACCAAUAAAGUAUUGCAGCAUGA